AUGUACGUAAUAUAUCCCGCCGAUGAGCUCAUCUUGAUGACCUAUGGUUUCUUUGCGCCACGUGUGAAACCGCGACCCACACUCGACUGUCUGCGUGAACCGCUUGUGCCCAUCGAGUAUCCGGUCAGAUCCAGCACCGCCGCCAACACCAGUUUCAACGCCAACUCCAGCUCCAGUGUCAACUACAACGUCAACUCUAAUUGCGCUGCCGCCACCAGCCCCACAACAAGCGACUCGUGGACACCAGGUGUCACCGAGCCCAUUCUUAUACCCCCCCGCAUUCCUACUUCCAUUGCCGCGCCCACGCCACCGAAUUCACCGCACAAACACCUCACACCGCCCGCAGUUGUUGCUCCAACAGCGGACUGCUUUAGCUUCGAGGAGCAACCACAACAGCAACAACAGCCACAAUCGCCAGCGAUAAUACGACGCACAUCGCGCGCUUCGCUGACGCAUUCAAACUACAAUCCAUCGGCAAAUAGUGGGAGCAAGCGUUCGAGCAUCCGCAGCAAUCGUUCGAGGCCAUUGACGCCGCUGCUGCCACAUCAGCCAUGCAAGCAGCAGGCAGUAGCUCAGCAUCCCCAGCACCAGGACGAGCACCAUUCCAGCGCAGCAGCGCCUACGACGAGGAGGCGGUGCCAGGAGCCAGCGAACAGCGUUUGA